AUGCAGUUCUUGGCCACUGAUUUAGAAUCACUUACAAUUUUCGAUGUUUUACGCGUUCUUGAUCAAACUGACCAAGGGUUUGAACGAAUUUUAUUCAACUAUUAAGAAAUUACACACUCAUAAUUUUUGUCAUUGAGUUGUUCCUAAUUAGAAUUAAGAAACAAACGAUAAUUUAUUCAUUGUAUUAGAAAUACUUAAGUUCUUUUAAAUUUCAUGAAAUUAUAGGGUAUUGUGUUUCAUAAAAUCUAGAUGGAAGACACAAUGAUGAAGAACUAUUUUGCAAAAUCUUGGAAUUUUCUUCUACAGCAAUAUAGUUUUUCAAUAUUAACUGAUUUAAAAAAAAAUAGAAGCAAAUUAAAUGUUGCAUUAACAACAAUAAUGUUCCAAGAAGCCUAUGAAAACAAAUCCUUGGAAUUUCUUUUCUUAAACAGCUAAAAUGAUUAAAAUUGCUAAUGUUAGAUAACUGAAAUUCGGGAUAAAUUUGAUUUUAUUUUGGUUUUAUUACUCUACAGUCUCCGUGAUAAAAACUGGGAAUAAAAUUGAGUUAAAUUAAAUUUACUGUUAUGGUUCCAAAUAAUACCAGUCAAGAGUCGAAGAAUAACAUUUGUUGAUAUAAAUUAACUGGGAAAAAAAGCUACGAAUGAAAUAAAACGAUAAAACGCACCGUUGAUUCUUAAUGAGUUAAAAUACGAACAAGUUUUGUAACUGCAGUCGGAAAAAAUAAGACAUAGUACUAUAUAAAAUAAGAAUGGACAAACGUUUUGUCAUCGUCUAGCAACUCACAAGUGUGUAUCUUUUCGCAUACCACGAGGAAUUAUUGAAACAGUAUUUGCGUCAGGACAUGAAGGAUUAACAUAUAUAUGCGUAAUACUGUGUAUACUUGCUCACGAACGUGCAUAUCUCGGUAGCUAAUGAAAUUUCUUAUUUUAUUGUAAAAAAUUUAUUGCUUUAAAGUAUUAAAUUUAUUGCUUUAAAAUCCUUUAAAUUUAUCAAAAAAAAAAAAAAAACAAAACCGUAUAAAACUGAGAGAGUGAUCCUAAUUCAAUGGCCAGGGACUGUGGAACAAAUCGUGUUGAAUCCGUGCAACGCUGCCAAUGAAUCAACCGAUGGACAGGAUCGAUGGAUGGACGAUAGAGGCGUGUCAGUGGUAUUUCCGAUUCGUCGAGGCAGAGGUGCCUGGAAGCGUCUUAUUCCCAUCUCUAGAAGCGAGACGAAUGGUCGAUUAAAAGGGAGAGGAGCGACCUUGGUGUCGCGCGGACGAAGAGGGAUAAGGGAUAAGCCCAGCCGCGUUCCUGACCUAAAAAGCAUCUUCCUUUUUCUCCAGCCGGUGAACAUACACGCGAGGACUCGUUCCGCGAAUUGCGUGAAAUUACCAAUCUUGAAUUCCAUACGGCAAAAUCUUGGAAACGAAAAUUUCCACAGCCUCGGAAUUCAACUAACCUGCAACUCGCCAGCUUCAUCUAGCGAGCCGUGGCCAUUAAAUCGUCAUUACGUCAUUAUUGAAUUCCAUGCUGCGGCGGUUAUCGCGACCGCAUCGGCUUCGAUAGAAACGUCAAACAUCGGCGAUGGUUCGGUGGGCCGCGGGCAGUUAUUCGGUGGAUUUGCUACGCCAGUGUCGGCUGGCACGCAACAACAAGCCUGA